UGGCGACGAAUUGGCCGAUUCGGGAGGCAUCAGCGAGAUCAUAUCGGUGCCGAUGAAAUUCGAAUGAAGAUCUAUAUUAAUGACGAUCCCUGCAUUUCGGGGAUUUCCCUUCUAUACCUGUUCGGCUACUGGGACGUUGCAUAUGGGAACCAUCAGGCCGGACAACCCUCGCGUUUACGCCGCUGACAAGCGCCCUGAGCUGGAACGGGGUUUCAAAUGCGCAGCUCACUUACACCGUGAGGAGGUGGAUGCAAAUCGAGACUAGUGCCUAGCGGCCCAA